AUGACUAUUAUCCCUUUCAUCUCGACGGUCCGAUUCGCCUUUGAAAGACCUUGUUCUGACAUGCUGUGGGCUUGUGGGUGGGCUCCGCUGUCCAACGUCAACAACAGUGGGUCCAAAAUUCCAGGUGCUGCGACGAAGGGCAAAGGGAAAUUCAUCUUCGCCCAUCCACGUAGCAUCUCUCACCGCUUCCUUCAAAUGCUCCGCAAGGUCGUCAGUCUGGCUCUCUCUCUCGCUGUACGAGGAGAGGCUUCUCCGCUCUGGCCGAGGGAAGAUUUGAUCACAUGCGCCACAUCGUCAACGGCAUUCGUUGAUUCUUCUAUAGUCGAGGUCGAUACCAACUACAGGUCGCGGAUGGAUAUACUGUGGAGCUGCCUCUCUGUCAUAUUUGCCUGCACCUGGCUCUCGGUCCACCCCAACGUCUGCGAAGCCCCUUCAACUUGGUUCAGAAGAACAAUACUUCGUGGAAAACUCAUGCUCAUUGCUAUUGAAUCCCCGGAGGUGAUUCUACUAUUAUCGAUUCGCCAAUGGCUUGGGGCAAGGAGGAUAACGAGGUUAUUCCAACAACACGUCGAGAACGAAGGCGUUCGUGAGGGUUCACUCAUGGAGCAGGACGGGAAUGAAGGGAGCGGUAGCCGUGGCCAAUGGCGAUGGACCAUCACCCAUUCUCACUUUUUGCAAAUGGGUGGAUACGUCUUCCGGGAAGGAGGAACAACCCACCAUAUCGACAUUGCUGAAAUCCUCUCGGAUAGCGAGAGGGCGCGGCUAAUUAGAACUUCGAUCCGCGACCGAUGCGACCCAGAAGAUGACCUCCUGGACCGCAGUAAAGGCGACGGCCUUGCUAAAGCAGCAGUAUUCUUGCACACCCUUUGGUUUAUGACCAACUGCAUCUCACGACAUAUACAAGGACUCGAAAUUACGAAGCUGGAGUUAAUCGCAGCUGGAUACGCAGUCUCCACGGGGUUCACCUUCUUGUUUUGGUGGAAUAAGCCGCUCGACGUACAGUCGCCGAUUGUAGUGGACAUUCCCUCGAAUCGCUCCAGCACCUUCACGUCAUCUGAGGCGCAGGGGGACAAUGAGACACAGGCCAUAGCCUCUGAGCCUAGCCCGGAGCCUAAGGAUGAAGAUGAAAUCUCAAUCGAGACUAACACAUCCGACCUCCGAGCCCAAUCAAAUAUCGAACUAUUGAGCGCUACUACUUAG